GUACUAAUGGGCGGAGAAACGAGAAAGUAGUGGAAGAGCAUAGAGCAAAGCGUUGAAGUAACGUGGGCGUAUUAAAUUUACGUUUACCGGGCUUGAAGAUAGAUAAAGAGGUUAUUUCAGACAAGCUAACAGUCGGUAAACAUGAGUCCCGGCCGUAAAGUGCUUUGUGUACUUUGUAACCGGUCCGAGGAGACGAAGGUAACCGGAGCCUUGUCGACUAAAGAUCAAGUCACUGCUCAUCAGAACUGUUUGUUAUUUUCCUCGGGUAUUUUUUGUCGGAAUUCACCAGAGUUUGAUGACUUGUUUGGUUUCUCCGUUGAGGAUGUGAUGAACGAGGUCAAACGAGGAAGCAAACUGUAUUGUAACAGAUGUAAGCAAAAGGGUGCCACUGCUGGGUGUGAAGUCGGACGCUGCAAGAAGUCCUUCCACUACCCCUGUGCUGUUCAAGAGCGAGCUGAGAUUACUGAAGACCCAGACAAUGGGAAGUACGGGCUAUUCUGCUUCAAACACCAUUCACAAAGUAAGUGGGCAUCUCUGAAUUUUUGCCUUUCUGUGACCUUUUUUUUUUUUUUUUUUCUUCAACGUAUGCGAUAUUAUGUGUUGAAUUCUUCAGGCUCGAAAUACAACGGCUCUGUAAAUGGGCAUGGAACCUCCAAAAAUCCCAGUGAAGCUGGAACAUCUAAGGUAUAUUGUCUCACCUGUGAGAAGACAGAAGGAAAUAUCAGUUUGGAAAGUUUGUCUAAUAGCAUUAUUAUGUUGUAUUGUGACAAACAUGCUCCUUCAUCCUAUAAGAGGAACAACAAUGACGAUGCUGCAGAAGCCAGACCAUCUGUUUGCAGCAGUGACUCAAACUCAUCCAGCAGUACGACGCAUUUGCACUCCAAGAGACGGUUGAGUUUCAAUGACAGACAGGAGGAGAACCAAUCCAAAAAUAAAUCUGCAGCCAAGACAAGGAGAAUAUCUGAUUCUUCACAUUCAGAUGAGAAUGAACCCAACACAGAAAUGGAAAUCUUCGCCCCUUUAGAGUCCGAUAUAGAUGAAAGUGCAAACUCUGUUCCAGAGAACUAUUUGUUGACUACGCCUCAGUUUAUAAGAAAAGACACAGAGUGUCAAACAGAGUGCACCUCAGGAAAUCAACUGAAGGUCAAGAAUGAAUUUGAAAAUAAAGAUGAAGAUGAAACAACCGUAGAUUCAGAUGCUGAGUCAGAGAGUCUACUUCCUGUGGAAAUCUGCACGGAGGCAACAACAAGUUCUGCACUCUCACCUCAGACAGUAUCGACAGCAUAUCCCAAAGUGAUUUUGGUAAAAGCAGCGGAGGAGAAAAAGAGAGAAGAUGAAGGGUGCAGUCCUGAUGAACACGUCGCUGGACCCUCUGCCCCACAGCAAAGCUCCACUGGGGCCCCUCCCUCUCCCUCUCCUGGCCACUCUAAACCCCACAGUGUUACUGGCUCACCUCAGUGCAGCAGCUCGGCCAUUUCCCCGCCUCCUCCUGAAUCCACGUGUGUAUCCCUCAUCUCCUCGUCUCCUUGUCCUAAGGGCCGUUGCUUUGACCCAGAGCUCAUCAUUGACUCCCCAAGCUUCUGGAAAAGCUGUAACGUGGCAGGAUGCACACAGGCCAUCUUUACUGAUUUCAUUAAUGAGAUGAACGAUAUCGCCAGCAGAAUUCAGUCAGACCAGGCCAGCCAGAAGGAUUAUGAUCUUGCACUAACAGUGAUGGCGGCUUCUGGAAAGCUGGCAGAGCUCGUGGCCAAGCAGCAGAAAGAGUUACAACAGAAACAAAUGGAGCUGACAAAGGCAGCAGCAGCGAUGAAGAAGGUCGUCUCAGCACUGAGGAGAUGAGUCCAUCAGCAGCUAGAGGAGAUCAAGGUUACAGUUACCUUUCCCUUCUCACUGUUGUUCUGUAUUUACUCUGAAUUUUUUACACAAACAGUAUAUGUAUAUUUUCUUUUAAUGAUUGUACCUUCGUUAAUUUCCAAUAGUGGAAAGCUGUGCUGGAUAUGGAAAUAUAAAACUGCCAAUGUUUGGCACUGAUAAUUCAAAAUCACUUUAAGAUUAAAAAGGCUGAAUCUUGCAUUGUCAUCUCAGAAUUCAGCCGGUGAUCAUGAUGCUUAGAAAUCAGAUGAAGAUUUUGCAGUUCCAUUUAAAAGAUAUCGUACACAAGAGUUGUUUCAUUUUCAAAAAUAAGUCUGGGAAAAGUGAUUUCAAAAGCUUUACUGAACAUGAAGAAUUGGAAAGAAUAUUUGUCUUGAAAUCAUCCCAUAUCCAACCCUAGAAACUAAAUUCUUUAAAUAUGUUUACAUUGAAGUUCCCUUGCUUUCAUUAUGUUCAACUGAGAUCUUGUUUAAUAUGAUCUUUUUCUUAAGGUAGUUAAAAUGGAGGAUAUUUUAUAGUAAACCUAAUGACCCACAGUAGAAAAACAAAAAAUAUUUGUUUAUGUCAAUUUUACGUUUAAAGUGUGUUUUUAUAUAGAUCAGUGAGAGUCUCUCAAGAUCCUUGUUCCCCAAACUGCUUAUAAUUACAGUUCUUUGUCUUUACAUGUUGUCAGUGAUUGAACAGACUGAUCUUAUCUUCAAACUAGUAAACCAUGGACAGGAGAGCUGAAAUAAUGUUGCAGUUUACAGCUCAGUGUUUACAAGUAAUUUUUUCUGUGUCCUGUUGGGACAGUGAAAUCCAGACGUUUUGUUUUGUUUACAUUUACAUUUAUGAUUAAAAAUGAAUUUGUGUUCUGGAAUAUAUUUUUAUAACUGUAAAAGAUAAAAACUGAAGCUGAAAGAU